AUGCAUGAUUUAUUUGAAGACUUAGGUAGGUAUAUAGUUCAUCAAAAAUCUCCCAAUGAUGUUGGCAAGCGUAGCAGGUUGUGGGAGUUUGAGGACACUAAGGAAGUAUUAGCAACAAACAAGUUUAUGAAGAAAUUGAAAUCAAUCGACUUGAGCAAUUCUGAUGCUUUUACCGAAACUCCAAACUUCUCUGCAAUUCCAUAUUUAGAACAUUUAUGUCUUCGUGGCUGCACAUCCCUUGUCACAGUUCAUCCCUCACUUGGACAGUUAAAAGAGCUUGUUGAGGUGUACUUGGAUGGCUGUAAAAAUCUUGAAAUCCUACCAAGGAAGUUGGAAACGAAUUCUUUGUUAACGUUAGAUCUUAAAUGGUGCAGAAAAGUUGCAAUGCUACCAGAGUUUGGGGAAGGCAUGAAGAAAUUAUAUCUUGAUGUGAGUUAUACUGCUAUAACUAGAUUUCCUAAAUCUCUUGGAUCCUUGACGAGCCUUAAAGAUUUAAAUUUGAGUGGCUUCAAAAGUCUUAAUCUUGACAAGUUGUUGAAGACUCACGUAACUCGCCAAAUUUCUGGCUUCAAUGUAGAGUCAUUAACAGGAUUAUAUUUAAGAUGGUGUGGCUUGAAUGAUGGAUCAAUUCCAAAUGAUAUUGUAUGGAAUUUGGUUGCUUCACUUGAUCAUGAGCAUCGUGGGCGAACUAAAUAUGUAAUCUCUGAUGGGGAAUACGAUGAUAUCCCAUUGCUGUUCAAGCAUGCUGAGCCAGAAUAUCUUGCCUUGAGAGAUUUCUGUACAAUUAUUGCAGGAUGCGAAAUGCCAUCGUGGUUUCCAAAUAAAGAAUAUUAUCCUCUGCGUGGGAAUAGUGGGGAAUAUGAGAUGAAAAUGAGGAUUCCUCCAUAUUUCCGUGAUAGUGAAUGGGCUGGGAUUGCUGUCUGCUUCCUUAUCUCAGGUUGUGGUAGUUUGAUGAUUUCUUGGAGUAGCAAAGGUCCAGAAGAUGAUGAUUAUAUACACAAAGAGUGGGCGCAUUAUACUUUCAAAGGGCAUAAGCGUCAUCUCUGCAUAAUGGUGUUGGAAUUAAAUGAGGAAACUUGUUGGCAGCACCUGAGAGAUCAUAACAAUGCCCUUCACAUUAAUCUUUCUACUUGCUUCAAAAGCCACGCUCCAUUUGACGGUGAGAAAUUUAAAAUAUUGGGCAGUGGAUGGAGAAUGAUAUGUAAAGAAGAGAUACAAUAUUGGUGCAAUCUCAAUAAUGGUGUCUUCAACCAGGCCACCCAACCCCAGCUUGCUUCUUCUGAUGAGGUCAAGCUUCCGCCGAUAGUGCUUAACAAAUUCUUUGGUAAGAUGUACGAGAGUUCUGAUUCAAGAACCAGAGAAAAAUGGACGGCAAUAGGAACAAUGACUCAUCUUCUUCCUGCUCCUUCCAUUCUACUGUAAUAGUUGUCACUCCAGAGAUUUGUCUUUGUUUCAAAAAUUUUGGUCAUUGAUGAGGUUUUCAGAUUUUAAUUACCCUCUCAUAAAUGAAAACUGAGCGCUUGUUAACAUGAAUAAAGGCAUUAAUGAAGUGAAA